CGGGGACAGGCCACGCCCACCCAGAGCCGGGCGGCCAGGGGCCUGCACGAGCGGAGAGACCGGAGCCUGGCAUUCCAGCUGCCGCUGCUGUCCGCAUAACCUUGGUCUAGUGACGCCGUCUCCUCGUCUGUAAAGUUAAUACGACUCCGUGGCCGCUCAAAGAGCCUUUGCUUCUCGGAGAGUUUGCCCCUCUGCCCCAGCCUCGGACGGGAGGUAGCGAUCCAUAUAUACAAAGAGCACUCUGGAGUCAGCAGAACUUGGUUCUCCCGUUUGGCCCAUUUUUUUAGCCUCAGUUUCCUCAUAUGCGAAAUGGGAGCCAUAAUACCUCCUUGGGGAAGUUGGGAGACUCCAGUGACAAGAGGAAGCGUAUGCCCACACUAGACCAGCCUGGAUCAGAGGAUGGUUGGACGCCUGCUCAGGCCGGCCUUCCUGAGGCCCCGCGAUGCCCUGCAUCCUUGGGUGUAUUAAGCCGAGCAAGAACUACAACUCCCAGCGUGCCCCACUCUCGCCCUGUCCUGCCGUCUGUCCCUGAGGCCUCUUUGUUGGGAAGCGGACCAAGUUCAUCGAUGUUGCCCUGGAUGUCUUACUCCUGCCUGCCCCAGGGCUGGGCCUGGCUCCCAGGUGCUCUGAGCCUGGGCUCUGCCAGGCCCUCUCUCCUGUGGCCUGGAUCUCAUCCACGGAGCCCUGGGGCCUAUCCUCCCAGGAGUCUUCCCCAUCCUGGAGGUGUGGUCUCUGGCAGGGUUAAUGAUUGCUCAGGGGAGGCGGAGAUGGUGCCAAAGUCUGUGAGCUACACACUGAAAGCCCCAGAAAGUGCCCACCUGUGCCUGCUGGUGUCUGUCCGCCGCUUCCGCAGCCCCUUCUGGGGCACAGGUCCCUCCACACGUGAUGGCGUGGCCAUGGCUGUCCUGCCUGCUGCUUCCUGCCCUUGUUGUAUCUGUGACAGCCAAUGUGGCUCCUACGUUCCUGUCCAACAUGUCCCUGCCAGUGACCCUGCCGGAGGACCUGCCUGUGGGUGCUGAGGCCUUCUGGAUGGUAGCCGAGGACCGUGACGGGGACCCUCUGACCUAUGGGAUUAGUGGCAGCAACGCCUACUUCUUCAAGGUCACCCCAGCCACUGGGGAAGUGAGGCUGGCCAGCUCUCUGGACUACGAGACACUCUUCUGGUUCGCAGUUAACAUCUCCGUGAGCGAUGGUCACAACAACCCAGUGCUGAAGGAAUUUCAGGUGAUCGUGGAGGACAGAAAUGACAAUGCACCUGUUUUCCAGAACACCGAUUUCUCCACAAACAUCAGCGAGACCCUGCCAGUUGGCUCUCUGGUGUUCUCAGCGCUGGCCACGGACAAAGACACGGGGCCUGCGGGUGUUGUGCAAUACUUCAUAAAGGAGGUCACCCCGAGCACUGAGGACAGCGAGUACCUCUUCAGAAUCCUGUCCAACGGCUCCAUCAUUCUCAAUGGCAGCCUCAGCUACAACAACAAGAGUGCCUUCUACCAGCUGAAGCUGGUGGCCUGUGACUCAGGCGGCAUAUUCCACAACCAAUUCAUCACCCAGUGUUCCUCACCUGUCUUCCUGUCCAUCUCUGUGAUCGACCAGCCGGACCUGGACCCCCAGUUUGUCAGGGAGUUCUACUCGGCCUCCGUGGCUGAGGACGCACUCCAGGGAACCUCAGUGCUGAAGGUAGAGGCUGUGGAUAGAGACAAAGGCAUCAAUGACCGGGUGACCUACAUCAUCUCCAACUCCACAAGGCCUGGCUGGUUUGACAUCGGGCCAGAUGGGGUGAUCAGGGUCAGCGGUUCCCUGGACCGUGAGCAGCUGUUGGAGGAGGAUGAGGAGGUGCAAGUACAGAUCACGGCCACAGAGGUGAACCUCAACAUCUACGGGCAGGAGGCCAAGGUGAGCAUAUGGGUCACGCUGAGGGUGACAGAUGUCAAUGACCACAAACCCGAGUUUUUCAACUGCAGUCUCCCGGCCUGCACCUUCACCCCCAAAGAAGCCCAAGUCAACUUCACUGGCUCUGUGGACGAGCACUCCGCCACCCGCAUCCCCAUCGAUGACCUCACCAUGGUGGUUUACGACCCAGACAAGGGUAGCAAUGGCACCUUCCUGCUGUCCCUGGAGGGCCCUGAUGCCACGGCCUUCAGUGUCUCCCCUGAGAAGGCAGCAGGCUCAGCUGACGUGCAGGUGCUGGUGCGGGACCCGUCCCUGGUGGACUACGAGAAGCAGACGGUGAUGCUGGUGCAGGUUGUGGCCACUGACUCGGUCAGUAGGAACUCCUCCGUUGCCUUGGUGACCAUCCACCUGAGAGACAUUAAUGACCAUAGGCCCACAUUCCCUGAGAGCCACUACAACCUCAGUAUCUUCGAGCACAGUCCAGUGGGCUCUGUGGUAACCAACAGUAUUCAUGCCUUUGACCCAGACACGGGUGAGGGCGGCCGCAUCACCUACAGCCUGCUUUCGGGGAAUGGGGCAGAGAUCUUUGCGGUGGAUCCAGACUCAGGGACGGUGACAGUGAAAAACAGCAAGCUGCUGGACCGGGAGAAGCAGGCGGUGUACUACCUCACGCUGCAGGCCACCGAUGGCGGGAACCUGUCGUCCUCCACCACGCUGGAGAUCCACCUGCUGGACAUCAACGACAACCAGCCAGUGGUCACCGGCUCCUACAACAUCUUUGUCCAGGAGGAGAAGGGCAAUGUCUCCAUAACCAUCCAGGCUCACGAUGAGGACCAGCCAGGCACCAACAACAGCCGCCUGUACUUCAGCCUGCUGCCCAGUCCCUACAGCCACAACUUCUCGGUGGAUCCUGACACAGGACUUCUCAGAAACCUGGGGCCCCUGGACAGAGAGGCCAUCGACCCCACCCUGGAGGGCCGAAUUGUGCUGACUGUGCGUGUGGCUGACUGUGGCGUGCCUGUCCUCAGCACUGAGGUCAAUGUCACCAUCACUGUGGAGGACAUCAAUGAUAAUUUGCCCAUCUUCAACCAGUCCAACUACAUCUUCCCGGUGAAGGAGAGGGACUCAGGAGUGCUGGUGGGCGUAGUGCUGGCCUGGGAUGCAGACCAGACGGAAGCCAACAACCGCAUCAGCUUCAGCCUGUCAGGGAGCGGCGCCAACAACUUCAUACUCCGAGGCUCAAUGCUGGGGUCUGGGCGGGCCGAGGGCCGCCUCCGGCUGCCCGCAGACGUGAGCCUGGACUAUGAGACCCUGGCCUCCUACAACCUGACAGUGAGUGACGUGAACGACGAGCCGCCUACCCUGAGCUCAGCCUCGCUCCGGGGCGUCCAGGUGGCUGAGAAUGGCUCGCAGCACGGCCAGGUGGCUGAGGUGGUCGCCAUGGAUGUGGAUACCGAUGCCCAGCUGGAGGUGCAGCUUGUGAACGUCAUCUGUACCAAGGCCGGCGUGGAUGUGGGCAGCCUGUGCCGCGGCUGGUUCUCUGUGCUGGCCAACGGCUCUGUGCUCAUCAAUCAGAGCGAGGCCAUCGACUAUGAGACCUGUGACCUGGUCACCCUGGUCGUGCGGGCCUAUGACCUCGCAACGGACCCCCGCUUCCAGGCCUACAGUGACAAUGGAAGCCUCCCCAUCACCAUCGAGGACAUAAAUGACAAUGCGCCCUAUUUUCUGCCCCAGAGUGAGACUUUCGUGAUCGUCCCAGAAGUUGUGAUACCCAGCCAGCAGGUGGCGUCUGUCCGGGCCAGAGACAAUGACUCAGGGAGCAACGGGGCCAUCGUCUUCUCCAUCCUCCAAGCGGAUUUCAUCACGAAGGAUGGGGCCGUGCUCCCCUUCCAGGACUUCUUCCGCGUCUCCACCUCUCCAGAGGCUGAUGUGUUCAUUGGCCACAUUGAGCUUAAGACUAGCCUUGAUGCCACUCGCCAAGGCACCUACCAAGUGACCGUCCAGGCCCAGGACAGACCUUCAGUGGGUCCUGCCCUGGAAGCCAACAUCACCCUGAACCUCUUCACUGUGGAUCAGAGUUACCGUGUGAGGCUGCAGUUCUCCACGAGCAAGGAGGAGGUGGGCGCCAACACGGACAAGAUUAAAACGGCUCUGGCCCAGGUGACCAGGACUACUGUCUACAUUGUGGACAUUGAGGACAUAGAGUCCACAGCUCGGGACCGAGGCCGUUCCUACCUCGAUGCCUACUUUGUCUUCUCAAAUGGGUCGGCCCUGACAAUUGAUGAGCUGAGAGUGAUUAUCCGGGAAGACCGGGAUGCAGAGGCAGAGCUGGUGCAGCUGGGGCUGGUGGUGCUGGGCUCCCAGGCUAACCAGAAGUCAGAUUUGCCGAAGGUGCUCAGUAGCGUCAUCAUAGGAUUGGGAGUGGCUUUGCUGCUGAUCAUCGUGAUCAUGACCAUGGCCCUCCUGUGUACCCGAAAGAGCUACCGCCGGAAGCUUCGGGCUAUAAAGGCUGCCAAGGAGGCCCGGAAAACAGCAGCAGGGGUGAUGCCCUCAACCUCUGCCAUCCCUGGGACCAACAUGUACACUGCUGAGCGGGCCAAUCCUGUGCUGAACCUCCCCACCAAGGACCUGGGCUUUGAGUCCCAAUCCUCCUCCAGCGACCUGGACCAUCUCAGCCUCAACUCCCUGGAUGACAACUCUGUGGACCUGGAAAAGAACAAAAAGGAAAUCAAGAAGGAGCCCCCACAGAGUCCGAUGGAGCCGGACGCAGAGCCCCUGAGCGUGGUGCUGUCAGGAAGGACGGCAGGCGCAGGUGGACAGCAGCAGGCGUUGUCCUUCACCAAUGCUGGCCUGGACACCACCGACCUGUGACGGGGCCCUGCCACAGAGCCCUGCAUGGGCCCCACUCUUCUGGUCUACCUCGGAAGAGAUUCUGUUUCCCCCAAACUAUACCUACCGUCCCUGCAUAUAAUAAUAUAAUAAUAUACUACUAUCGUGUUGCUCUG